GCAAAUAUCCCUUUCACUCUCUAUCAGCUCGUUUACAGAAACUCUAUUUUCUCUCUAAGGUUCUUGGUGUUCUUUGUGAGAUUCGUACAUAGUGAAGAAGAGAAGCAAGCAUGCAAAUGGUUAAAGAGGAAGAGGAAGAAGAGAUCAACACAAACAUACACGUGGUUUGGCAAGGUGAUGCCUACAUCCACAGGAAUGGAGCUAAUUCGUUUAUUGAAGGCUACAAAGAUAAGUUUUCUAUCUUCUUUUACAGAUCUUGUACAAAACAAAAGUGAAAAGCUGUAAAUGAUUUGAAUGUAACACAUAUAUAUAUGAUUACAAGUUUGUUAUGAAGUCUGUUAAAGAAAGAAAAAAUAGCCAUUGAGCUAUUGGGAUUAUUUUUCUUCAAAUAAAAAAGAAAAGAGAAUUACACAGAAAUUUAUUAUGAAGCUAGGAUUAUUUUUCUCUCUAUAAAAUACAAUUUAUUGAAAAUUAGCCUGUUUCAUGUUAAUCUUAAUCUUAAUAUAACCUUUCUUGCAACCAAAGUGAAGAUUAUAAGUAAGGACAACUGUCUGUCUCUUUGACCUGUGACUUUUGGGGUGAAUCAAAAAACAAAAUGACAAAAACUUAUACCUAAAGUCGUGGAAAGAUGAGAGGUCUGUUAUGUCUAAUAUAUUUUCAUGGUCUUCGUUGUCUUUUAAAGUAAUUUAUUGAUAAUGACAUGAAUAUCAAUGACAUACCAUUAAAACAACGCCUAUUAUUUUAGAUUCUUUAUGAUUCAUUGCUGAUUCUUCUUCUAUAUUAUUUUAGAUCAUUUUGUGCAGCUACUAGCUACCUAUUUCAACGAAUAUUUGAUUGAAUCUAGAAUAUAUAAAUGGAGAAAAUUUUCUCAAUCAAUUCGACUACUUUAUCGGAACAUUAUUCCUCACAUCAUCAAAAAAAUUAACAUAUAUAUAUAUAUUAAGUGCCUUGCAUAUUUAUUUAAUUAGCUCAAGGAUAAGUUCUGAUUAAUUAAUGUUCUGUAUCUCCAUUUAUAGUUGACUUGCUGCAAAUAAACACUUUGAUCUGGUCCAUUACCAUUAAUUUCAUCUCAAAUCCAUGCUUGAUUGAUUCACCCAAGGCUUGCAAAUUAUGAAUGCAACUUUUUCCAUACAUGUUUCUGGAAUUACUUUAGACUUAGUUAAAAUAUUAAUAUAAUUAAGCUUAUCAUAAUCUAUCAAGUUUAUCGGUGAUUUAAAAAACUUCUUCCUUCAUGUUUGUCAAUUGCUAAGCUUACAUCAUGUUUGGAGCUUCUUGGCUCUUACCAAUCAUAUUUUAUUUAAUAGUCUUUUUGACUUUUUAAACUUAGUUUAAUGCAAUUUGGUUGUAGGACCUCAUUCCAAGGAUUCUAUUUUUCAAGAGAAUAUCCCAUCUAUAAUAAUUCAUAGGAAACUUUGCAAUAUGUUUGUACUCAUUAAACGUUCCCUCUUAAGAAAUGAUUCUUCAUCUCCUCAUGUUCUCUUUCUUCAACCUUGCAACCAGUUCUGAUUUUUGCUUUGAUUCUCGCUGUAUUGGCGAUUAUCAGACGAUUCGAUUCCCUUUUAGGAUUGCAAAUGUCCAACCAAAGUCUUGUGGCUAUCCUGGCUUUGAUUUGUCCUGCCAUGGCAAAGGUGAACCAUUGCUUCAUCUUCCUCCUUCUGGAGAUUUCAGUGUCCAAGAUAUAGAUUAUAAGAAUCAAGAAAUAAGGAUCAAUGAUCCAGACAACUGUCUCCCUAAAAAGAUUCUCUCUCUUAAUCUUUCUGGAUCACCAUUUGUCAAGAAAAACACUCAAAAUUUUGCUUUCUUUAAUUGUUCAUCCCACUACUUGCCACAUGGGGAUAUUGAUCCAAUUUAUUGCCUGAGUAGCUAUUCAUACAAAGUUUAUGCUUCAUCUUCUCCAAUGCUUAUAGACGAGCUUUCAUCAAACUGUGAUAUGAUUAAAACUGUUUCAGUGCCAUUUUCUUCUUAUUAUUCGUCGAAGCCGUGGGAUGACCUUCUGUUAAAAUGGGAAAAUCCUGAUUGUGGAAGGUGUGAAUCACUUGGUCGAAAAUGUGAACUCAAACCCAAUUCAAGCCAUGCAAUUCGAUGUACAGACAUCUCUCAAGGGAGACCUAGAGUUGCUGCCAAUGUUGUGGCUAUAGCAGUGGGAGUGGUAGCUGCUACCAUCUGCUUUUUGGUUCUCUUAUGUUGCUUCUGUAUCAAAAUGAAUUGUCAAUCUAGGACACAGAGUUCGAGCCAUUGGACCAUAUUUUCUCGGCGCACAGUUACUAUGGGCCUAGAUGGGCCGACAAUUGCUUCCUACCCAAAAAUUGUAUUGGGCGAAAGCUUACGUCUACCAAAGCCCAAUAACAACAUUUGCCCAAUUUGUUUGGCCCAAUACCGGCCCAAAGAAAUUGUGAAGACCAUACCCAAUUGCCAACAUUGUUUCCAUGAAUGUUGUAUUGAUGAAUGGCUCCGAUUGAAUGCUUCUUGCCCUGUUUGUAGGAAAUCUCCCAUUGAAUCUCCACCGUCCAAUCCUACUUAGAAUUACAUCCAAAUUUUUGUCACCUCAAUUUCAAUUACCAAAUUUGUACACGUUUUUCCUUUUACAUCUUCAUCUCUUGGUUUGAGAUAACGUGCUAAAA